AUGAGUGCACUGGAGGUGGCACAAGAUAAGAUGGCAGACGCACUGCGCGCCAAGAUACUGCACCUGGAGGCUGAGUUUAGAGGCGUUGGGGAUGCACUUCGGAGGGAAAGAUCAAAAAGCUGGAACCUGACAUACCAAUGUCAGGAUCUGCGGGAGGAAGUCUGGAGGCUGACGAUGCAUCUCAGCCAUAGCAUAACCGUCAGUGACUGGGAAGAGGAUCCUUUGGUGCCCAAGACGGCUCGUGAGAGGGCGCUAGAGGAAAAGAUGAGAGAGUUGGAGAAAAGGGUGAGGGAGCUCAAGGACAAGGCAAGGGACAGGGACGUGAAGAUCGGAAAUACCGAAGGAACCGGGAGGGCGAGAUCAAAGUCAAUGGGGUUGUGGACGAUCGGUUACUCCCGAAACCCGAGUCAGGCAGGGAGGGUUCCAGUCCUGCAACCUCUUCGGGUCCCGUGGGCUCGCUCAGAACUCUUCGCUGGCACAAUGCCAUUGGCCAAUGCCAUCCGGCAUCCAGCACGCAAACAAUGA